AUGGACGAUCCAAAUGUAGCUGAAUCAUUUUAUUGGAAAUUGAAAAAUAGUGAUAAAUCUAAAUUUAAUGAAGAUGUUAUACCACAAUCUGAAACAUUUAUUGGGAUGAAAAGUGAUCAAUUACCGGCAAAUAUGAAAUAUAUUAAAAAAAAUUACAUUUUACAAGGUAAAGAUUUGAACAAAAUUAAAUUCACUGAUUUUGUAAAUGAAUUUAAAUAUCAUCAGGAAAUGAACAGAGAUAAUAAACAUACAAUUAAAGAAGCUGAAUUAAAAACCACAUUGAAAACUUUUGGAAUUAAAAUUGAACCAUAUGGUUCGGGUGGUGUAUUGCGUUUAAUGAUGACACAUUCUGAUUUAUAUGAAUUAUUCAAAUCUAAAAAUUGGUUGUCAGAUACUGAUGAAAUAAUUAAUUUCAAACCAGUGACAACAAAAGAAAGACAAUAUGAAAUAAAAAAAGAAAUUGGUUUAUUACAAAAUGAAUAUGAUAGAUUAGAAAGAGUUGGAUUAUAA